UUGGGACACGGGCACGAGCCUGUCGUCACCCUUGGCGUCCCCAGUCUCUGUAGACUGUGUGCCCCUCCAGUCCACCGCCGGAGGGGUGCCCGUGGUAGAUAGGGCCAGCGACGGUCGUUUGCAGAUGCCAGAUAGUGCCGUAACAGAUAUGACGGCCCCCGUGGGCAAGACGGAGCCCUCCCGCGACGGUUCCGCCAGCUCCAACCCUUCCUCGCCAGACGCAGACCGAGAGCCUGACCCAGAGCCCGUGGGCACCUAUCCCCAGGAAAACCCCCAGCAGCAGCAGCAGAAGCGCAAGGGCGGCCGCAAACCAAUCUAUGCCACCUCCGAAGAGCGCAAGCAGCGCAAUCGCCAGGCUCAGGCCGCCUUUCGCGAGCGCCGCACAGAGUACAUCAAGCAGCUCGAGUCCACCAUCAAGCACCAGGAGGAGACGCUGCAGAACCUGCAGAAUAGUCACCGCAAUGCCGCCGACGAGUGCCUCAUGCUCCGAUACAAGAACUCUCUGCUCGAGAGGAUCUUGCUCGAGAAAGGCAUCGACGUCCAGGCCGAGCUGCGCGCGAAGACUGGCAGCCCUACCGUAGGCCCUACCCGCGGGCCCGUCUCUGCGAAUGCGUCUCCGAGCCUGGCUCCUCUCCAGCAACGCGCCAUACUCAAUAGACAACAACAGAGGAGAUCAAUUGGAGGCCUGCCCAGGGCUGACGGCAAUGGCUUGCCUCUGAUACAGCCCGACGGCCCCAUACCGAACCGCUCCCCGCUGGCCCAACCCACGCCUGGUUCGCAUAUUCCCUCUCCGGCCCAGUCUUCCACACGAUCUCCCAACUUCGUUGGACAGGGCACCUCUGUGUCUCCCAAUUUUGGGCCCAUACCCCCGCAGCAGCAGCAGCAGCAACAACAACAACAAGCACAACAACAGCAACCGCGAUUGCGGCCACAUCCGCCGAGACCGUCCUUUGCAUCCGUGAUAGCGCCCCAGCGGCCGUCAGUCAUCACCAAUAACCCUCCCUCCAACGGUUCCUCAAACGCAUCUCCUGCAAUCACGCAAAGUAGCACGAGCGGCGGGCCGCACUCAUUCUACCCCUCUCCAUUCGAGAGUCAUAUGAACCAGCUCGACCAGGAGUACGACGAACAAGCAGACAUGAUCGACCAAGACGACCCCCCCGACCAGUCCCCCGCCGCCGGCCCCGCCCCGUUCCCUCAGAACUACCCCCAGUCGCAAUCGAUGCAGCCACCAAUAGCACCAGCACAGAAUACUCACUUCGCCUCCUCGACCGCCGUCGCUUCCAACGAAAACAGCCAAACCGCUGCUGUGUUCAACCCGAUGAACCAUCUCUUCGACCCCUACGACCCGAUGCUCGACGCCGAUCCCUUUGGGCUCUCAGCAAGCAUGCAUUUCCCGACCAUGUAUGAUUCACGAUAACGAUUCGAGACGAUACGGGACCCAAGGAUCUUUUCUGGGAGGUAUAUUGCUCUGAUCUUUAUUAGCGGGCGCUAUGGUUGCCGCAGUGUGCAUAUCGGUGUAUCGGUGUUGGGUUGACUGGCUUCCAACGGAUAAUUAUCAAAAGUAUGGAUUUAUCGGCAAUUACGGUGUGAAAUGGCUCAUUCGACUACCCAAUUACCUGCUAUUUGGUCACGAAAAUCGUGUCGGAGCCGAUGCAAAAACGUGCA